CUCAGAGCUGGGAAGGAGGCUCUAGAUGGCGGCUGUGCCUUAGAGAGCGCGCUCUGCUCCUGCCUUUGCCUCACUUUACGCAACUUUCCCUAACUUUGAGGCAGCCUCAGGGGGCCCCCGCAGCCCCCUGCCUCUCCUAGUGGCUUGCUGGGGUCGAUCCCGACCCUUUUUAGGGAGAAAAGCAGCUUUUAGGAGCUUUCUUUUCGUGCCUUGUUGGAAAGGAGCAGCCGUACUGAGCGCCCAGGUCGUUGUUUUUCCAGCUUAGAAGCCAUGGCGCACCUCCAUUUUUGUGCGCUCUCCUAAUGAGGUUUUUUCCUUCCCGACCCGUUUUAGUAUUCAUUUUUGUGUGGUUUUUUUGGUGCCUUUUGGCAUAUUUGAGGACUAUUUUACUUGUUUUUCGUUUUUUUUUAAAUGGGGAAUUUUGCCUUUUUUAUUAUUUGGGAUUAGGUAUUUUUCUACUAGAUAGGACUCUCGCAUUGGACUUACUACAUGGAUCAGUAAAUACCUGGGCACAGGACUUCAAAGCAAACAGAUUCCCCUUCCCCUUUAAUAUUUAAGAAUUAAAAGAUGAUGAGAAAUAAGGACAAAAGCCAAGAGGAGGACAGUUCGCUACACAGCAAUGUAUCGAGUCAUUCGGCAUCUGAAGAAGCAUCGGGUUCAGAUUCAGGCAGCCAGUCGGAAAGUGAGCAGGGCAGUGACCCGGGAAGUGGACAUGGCAGUGAGUCAAAUAGCAGCUCCGAAUCUUCAGAGAGUCAGUCGGAGUCUGAGAGUGAAUCUGCAGGGUCCAAGUCCCAGCCAGUCCUUCCAGAAGCCAAGGAGAAACCAGCAUCGAAGAAGGAGCGGAUAGCGGAUGUGAAGAAGAUGUGGGAAGAGUAUCCUGAUGUUUAUGGUGUUAGGCGGUCAAACCGAAGCAGACAAGAACCUUCGAGAUUUAAUAUUAAGGAAGAGGCAAGUAGCGGGUCUGAGAGUGGGAGUCCAAAACGAAGAGGCCAGAGGCAGCUGAAAAAACAAGAAAAAUGGAAGCGGGACCCCUCUGAAGAUGAACAGGAUCAAGGCACCAGUGCAGAGAGCGAACCAGAGCAAAAAAAAGUGAAAUCCAGAAGACCCAUCCCCAGAAGGACAGUGCCCAAGCCCCGUGUUAAAAAGCAGUCUAAACCUCAGCGUGGUAAACGAAAAAGACAGGAGUCCUCUGAUGAUGACGAUGAUGACGAUGAAGCUCCCAAAAGACAGACCCGUCGCAGAGCAGCUAAAAAUGUUAGCUAUAAAGAAGAUGAUGACUUUGAGACUGAUUCCGAUGACCUCAUUGAAAUGACUGGAGAAGGGCUUGACGAACAACAAGACAAUAGUGAGACUAUUGAAAAGGUCUUAGAUUCCAGACUGGGAAAGAAGGGAGCAACUGGAGCUUCUACAACUGUAUAUGCGGUUGAAGCUAAUGGAGACCCUAGUGGUGACUUUGACACUGAAAAGGAUGAAGUUGAAGUCCAAUAUCUCAUCAAAUGGAAGGGUUGGUCAUAUAUCCACAGCACGUGGGAGAGUGAAGAAUCCUUACAGCAACAGAAAGUGAAGGGCCUAAAAAAACUAGAAAACUUCAAGAAGAAAGAGGAUGAAAUCAAACAAUGGUUAGGGAAAGUUUCUCCUGAAGAUGUAGAAUAUUUCAACUGCCAACAGGAGCUGGCCUCUGAGUUGAAUAAACAGUAUCAGAUAGUAGAAAGAAUAAUAGCUGUGAAAACAAGUAAAUCUACUUUGGGUCAAACAGAUUUUCCAGCUCACAGUAGAAAGCCGGCACCUUCAAACGAACCUGAGUAUCUGUGCAAAUGGAUGGGACUGCCAUACUCAGAGUGUAGCUGGGAGGAUGAAGCCCUGAUUGGAAAGAAAUUCCAGAGUUGCAUCGACAGCUUUCACAGUAGGAACAACUCAAAAACCAUCCCAACAAGAGAAUGCAAGGCUUUAAAGCAGAGGCCACGGUUUGUAACUUUAAAGAAGCAGCCAACAUAUUUAGGAGGGGAGAAUCUGGAACUUCGUGAUUAUCAGCUAGAAGGUCUCAAUUGGCUUGCUCAUUCCUGGUGCAAAAGUAACAGUGUAAUCCUUGCUGAUGAAAUGGGCCUGGGAAAGACCAUCCAGACCAUAUCCUUCCUCUCCUACCUGUUCCACCAGCACCAGCUCUACGGCCCCUUUCUUAUAGUCGUCCCUUUGUCCACCCUCACCUCAUGGCAGAGGGAGUUUGAAGUCUGGGCACCAGAGAUCAACGUAGUGGUUUACAUAGGUGACCUGAUGAGCAGAAAUACGAUACGAGAAUAUGAAUGGAUUCAUUCACAAACCAAAAGGCUGAGGUUCAACGCCCUUAUAACAACCUAUGAAAUCCUCUUAAAAGAUAAGACUGUGCUGGGCAGUAUUAACUGGGCCUUUCUGGGAGUGGAUGAAGCCCAUCGGUUGAAGAAUGAUGACUCUUUAUUGUAUAAAACUCUGAUUGAUUUCAAGUCCAACCAUAGGCUCCUGAUUACGGGGACCCCUCUUCAGAAUUCCCUCAAAGAGCUCUGGUCCUUGCUGCACUUUAUUAUGCCAGAGAAGUUUGAGUUCUGGGAAGAUUUUGAGGAAGACCAUGGCAAAGGGAGAGAGAAUGGCUACCAGAGUCUUCACAAGGUGCUAGAGCCUUUCCUUCUCCGGAGAGUCAAGAAGGAUGUAGAGAAAUCCCUGCCAGCCAAAGUGGAGCAGAUCCUCAGGGUGGAAAUGUCGGCGCUACAGAAACAGUAUUACAAGUGGAUUCUGACAAGGAAUUACAAGGCUCUUGCCAAAGGAACCCGAGGCAGCACGUCGGGCUUCCUCAACAUCGUGAUGGAGCUGAAGAAGUGCUGCAACCACUGCUAUCUGAUCAAGCCGCCUGAGGAAAACGAGAGGGAAAAUGGGCAGGAGGUUCUGCUGUCCCUGAUCAGGAGCAGUGGGAAGCUGAUUCUCUUAGAUAAACUGCUGACAAGACUUCGAGAAAGGGGCAACAGAGUCCUUAUUUUCUCCCAGAUGGUACGAAUGUUGGACAUCUUGGCUGAGUACCUAACCAUUAAGCACUAUCCUUUCCAGCGCCUGGAUGGUUCCAUCAAGGGAGAAAUCCGAAAACAGGCCCUGGAUCACUUCAAUGCAGAUGGGUCUGAGGACUUCUGCUUCCUGCUGUCGACGAGGGCUGGUGGCCUGGGAAUCAAUUUGGCUUCUGCGGACACAGUUGUCAUCUUUGACUCUGAUUGGAACCCCCAGAACGACUUGCAGGCACAAGCCCGUGCCCAUAGAAUUGGUCAGAAGAAGCAGGUAAAUAUUUACCGCUUGGUUACAAAGGGGACUGUGGAAGAGGAGAUCAUAGAACGAGCCAAAAAGAAGAUGGUAUUGGACCAUCUUGUGAUUCAGCGUAUGGAUACCACUGGCCGGACAGUUCUGGAAAACAACUCGGGAAGGUCAAAUUCAAACCCUUUCAAUAAAGAAGAGCUGACAGCUAUUUUGAAAUUUGGAGCAGAGGAUCUCUUCAAGGAACUUGAAGGGGAGGAGUCAGAACCUCAGGAAAUGGAUAUAGAUGAAAUUCUGCGUUUGGCGGAGACUAGAGAGAAUGAAGUAUCCACCAGUGCCACAGAUGAGCUUCUGUCUCAGUUUAAGGUUGCCAACUUUGCAACCAUGGAAGAUGAAGAAGAGCUGGAAGAACGGCCCCACAAGGACUGGGAUGAGAUCAUUCCAGAAGAGCAAAGGAAGAAAGUGGAAGAGGAGGAGCGGCAGAAGGAGCUCGAAGAGAUUUAUAUGCUGCCCCGGAUCCGGAGCUCCACUAAAAAGGCUCAGACAAAUGACAGUGACUCUGACACUGAGUCUAAGAGGCAGGCUCAGAGGUCCUCUGCCUCAGAGAGUGAAACCGAUGACUCCGAUGAUGACAAGAAGCCGAAGCGCAGAGGGCGCCCCCGAAGUGUGCGGAAGGACCUCGUGGAGGGCUUUACGGAUGCUGAGAUCCGAAGGUUCAUCAAGGCUUAUAAGAAGUUUGGUCUCCCUCUUGAACGGCUGGAGUGCAUUGCCAGGGAUGCUGAGUUGGUAGACAAGUCUGUGGCAGAUCUGAAACGCCUGGGUGAGCUGAUUCACAACAGCUGUGCAUCAGCAAUGCAGGAAUAUGAAGAGCAGCUGAAAGAAAAUGCCAGUGAGGGGAAAGGACCAGGGAAAAGGAGAGGCCCAACAAUCAAGAUCUCUGGGGUGCAGGUCAAUGUGAAAUCCAUUAUCCAGCAUGAAGAAGAGUUUGAGAUGCUGCAUAAAUCGAUCCCUGUGGAUCCUGAAGAAAAAAAAAAGUAUUGUUUAACGUGUCGUGUUAAAGCUGCACAUUUUGAUGUGGAGUGGGGUGUGGAGGACGAUUCUCGCCUGUUGCUGGGAAUUCAUGAACACGGCUAUGGAAACUGGGAGUUGAUCAAAACGGAUCCUGAGCUCAAAUUAACUGACAAAAUUCUGCCUGUGGAGAGUGAUAAAAAGCCCCAGGGGAAGCAGCUGCAGACCCGAGCGGACUACCUGCUGAAGUUACUCAGGAAGGGUCUGGAGAAGAAAGGGGUUGUGAAAGGCGGGGAAGAGGCAAAAUUAAAGAAACGGAAGCCUCGAGUCAAGAAGGAGAACAAAGCACCCAGACUGAAGGAUGAGCCUGGAGUGGAGUUCUCAUCCCCUCGACACUCCGACAAUCCAUCAGAAGAAGGCGAAGUGAAGGAUGAUGGUUUAGAGAAAAGUCCAAUGAAGAAGAAACAGAAGAAAAAAGAGAACAAGGAGAACAAAGAGAAACAAGUGAGUUCUAGGAAAGACAAAGACGGGGACAAGGAAAGGAAGAAGGCAAAAGAUAAGAAGGAGAAGCCUAAAGGUGGUGAUGCCAAAUCUUCAGGUAAAUCAAAGCGAUCUCAGGGUCCGGUCCAUAUUACAGCAGGAAGUGAACCUGUCCCCAUUGGAGAGGAUGAGGAUGAUGAUCUGGAUCAGGAGACAUUCAGCAUAUGUAAGGAGAGGAUGAGGCCUGUGAAAAAGGCUCUGAAGCAGCUGGACAAGCCUGACAAGGGCCUCAACGUGCAGGAACAGCUGGAGCACACACGGAAUUGUCUGCUAAAGAUCGGAGACCGGAUCGCCGAGUGCCUUAAAGCUUACUCAGACCAGGAGCACAUCAAACUGUGGAGGAGGAACCUAUGGAUUUUUGUUUCCAAGUUUACAGAAUUUGAUGCUCGAAAACUACAUAAAUUAUACAAGAUGGCUCAUAAGAAAAGGUCUCAGGAAGAAGAGGAGCAAAAGAAGAAAGAUGAUGUGGUUAGUGGAAAAAAACCCUUUCGACCAGAGCCCUCCGGCUCCAGCCGAGACUCCCUGAUGUCUCAGUCUCACGCCCCACACAACCUUCACUCUCAGAAGCCUCACCUGCCUGCCUCCCAUGGCCCCCAGAUGCAUGGCCAUCCGCGGGAUAACUACAGCCAUCCCAAUAAGAGACACUUCAGUAAUGCAGAUCGAGGAGACUGGCAGAGGGAACGCAAGUUCAGCUACGGUGGUGGCAGCAACAACCCGCCGUGGGGCAGUGACCGGCACCAUCAGUACGAGCAGCAUUGGUACAAGGACCACCAUUACGGGGACCGGCGACACAUGGAUAGCCACCGCUCCGGGAGCUACCGGCCCAACAGUAUGUCCAGAAAGAGACCUUAUGACCAGUACAGCAGCGACCGAGACCACAGGGGACACAGAGAUUAUUAUGACAGGCACCAUCAUGACUCCAAGAGGCGGAGAUCCGACGAGUUUAGGCCUCAGAAUUACCACCAGCAGGAUUUUCGGCGGAUGUCAGAUCACCGCCCACCUAUGGGCUACCAUGGCCAAGGACCCUCAGACCAUUACCGUUCUUUCCACACAGACAAACUAGGGGACUAUAAGCAGCCUCUGCCCCCCUUGCACCCUGCAGUGUCUGACCCUCGCUCACCCCCUUCUCAGAAGUCUCCUCAUGAGUCCAAGUCACCCCUGGACCACAGGUCUCCUUUGGAGAGAUCUCUAGAACAGAAAAACAACCCAGACUAUAACUGGAGUGUUCGGAAGACAUAGAGGACCACUUCAAGAGGGGAGAGAAGUCAUGGAGCCGCCAACUUGAAUCUUUUUGGUCUGAUUCUGCAGUAGUCAGUUAUCCCGCGCUGUGACUGGUAUAUCUGGACCUGCUGCUGCCAUCAGCUGACUGGUGGAAGGAAUGCGCCAGCAUGUGGAGCUUUUGAACGGCCCAGAUCUCAUUGGGUCACCACUCCUGCACUUUGGCACCAAAUCCCAUUCCAGCCUCAUUCUGGCCCCCACACUGACAGGUGCUAGGAGGAGCGGGGACUGUUUGUGUACCCCUUGAUUGGGGUGUUAGUUACCCAGCAAAGGAGGCAGGGAUCCUAGGUGUAAGAAUGGUUUCUCACCAGGACAGUGUUCCCUGGACUUGGUGUGAUGAUCAGAGGGGAAGGAGCGCGUGAGUGAGGCUGCCAGGACCUGCUGGCCGCGUGUGGUUAGAUUCACUAGGAUAAGAUUAUUGCUGCUGAGGGGGAGUGGGGAGUGGGGCACGGGGUUGUUGGGUUCUUGCAUCAUAGGACUUGAAGGGGAGCAGGUAUGCCCCUUAACUGUGUUCUUGGGAGAAAGAUACUUGGACUUAUUUAAGGUGAAAUCCCUAAGGGAAGAGGACGUCAAGAGAGCGCCACAGCGUCCACAUGGCCUCUUCCUGCCAACACUAAUUUUCCCCACCGUCUUUAUCCAUUUCAAGGAUUUGCUUUCCCGAGUGGACUUCCUUUUCCCUCUGUGCCAGGAAAGGUCGAGUCCCUCUGGCUGACUGUAGGUGCUGCGAGUUAGGCAGCAUUGACAUUGACGUCAGCAUGGGCCUCACCUGGGUGGGGAAUGGACAGGAUGAGAGGUAGCCUGAGGCCAGGGCAAGGCUGGUAAGGCUGAGAACUGGGGUCCCUGGUGGAGUUCCGAAUCCUGUGGUGAG